AUGCAUCAGAUCAAAAAGAGACGAAGAGAGGAACCUUUCGGAGAAAUUUAUUCUCUUGUUAAGGCUUGUUACAAAGCUAAAACUAAACAUGAACUCUAUGAUUGUGCUGAUAAUCUCAAACGCCUAGAGGUAAAACUGAAGAAAAAAGAUCAAGAGCGCAACAAGGACAUGUCCACUGAGACACAAAUUGUCUCGGUUUGUAUUGAUUUGGCAGAAGAAAAAAACAAAACCUUGCACGAAUAUGUGGAAAAUUUCAAAAAAGUGUCCAUCAUGGAUUUUACACUGAUCAAGCCCAUAUCUAAAGGAGCAUACGGUAGAGUUUAUUUGGCAAGAAAGAUUUCCACACCUGAUAUUUAUGCCAUCAAAGUGAUUGAAAAGCAAUAUAUUUACAAUCACAAAAAUUUGUCAUCAAAAACUCUGAAAAAUAAGGACAAACUUCUCACAGAACGAAACGUAUUGCACCAAUUGAUGAAAAGUAAUCACGAUUCAAAAUGCAUUGUUAACUUUUACUAUUCAUUUGCCGGAAAAAAGUAUUUCUAUAUUGUGAUGGAAUAUUGUCCAGGUGGUAGUUUGGAUUGUCUGCUUGAGCAACACAUUAACACCUAUGACAGUGCAUUCGAUGUUGAAAAGGUUCGAAAAAUUGUGGCAGAGAUUAUCCUAGCUCUGUUAGAGUUGCAUUCCAACAAUAUUGUGCACCGAGAUUUGAAACCUGAUAACAUGCUCGUUGACAGGAACGGAAGAUUGAAACUCACAGAUUUUGGUUUGAGCGAAAUUGGUAUUAUGGACAGAGAAGAAAAGGCAACGAGUAAGCCACGCAUUUCCACUCCACAUCCAUCCUCACCACCCCAACUUCAACUUCAGAAUCUUGCUUCAAGUCCAAACAACAGCACCGAAAGUGAAACGUCUGAUGGAUUAGUGACUGUUCCUGGAACACCUGAUUAUAUUGCUCCUGAAUUACUUUUGGGAGCAGAGCAUGAUUAUGCAGUUGAUUAUUGGUCUCUAGGAUGCAUUACCUAUGAAUUAUUGUUUGGCGUGCCUCCAUUUAAUUCUGACACUGUGGAAGAAAUUUUCGACAAUAUUCUCUCAGGGGAAUACGAGUGGCCAGAAGAUUUACCUCCAGAAAUACAAACUUCUGGUGUUGAGGACUUUAUUAGACGCUUGCUUGAUCCAAAUCCAAAAACAAGAUUGGGAGGAAAAGACAUCAAAGAUCACGAGUUUUUAAAGCCAAUCGAUUGGGAUAAUUUACUGAAUGAGGAACUAUUUACUCCAACUACUGAGCUGGAAGAUACAUCUAAAUUCUCGCCAAGAAAGCAUCAAUAUCCUGUCACACCAACUACUCACGGAUUUCUGAGUCCAUUUGAAGCAGGAGGAACAAGUUUUAAUAGCGAUGCUAGCUCUGUAGACUCACCAAGUCCAGUCAAAAUAGUUCCAUCUUCUCAGGUUUUGAUGAGCCCAAUGGCAAAUUCAUCACAUACUCUUUCUACCUCAAUAGAUUUUUCAUUCAGCUCCUCCACUGCCGCACUCAAAGAACUCAACAUGCAACAGUACAAUGAGUAUGUGAAAAAGUCAAACAAUAAUUCUCAAACCUCUCAGAAAAGUACAAAAAGUACAGGAAGCGUGGUGAGAUCUCUCAAUUUUUCGAACAUGUAA